AAGGUUCAGCCCUUCCUCCAGGUUUUUUUUUAUCAUGCAGAUUUUCUAUCCAGCAUAUCACGAUCCGCUAGGCUGAAAAAAUCUAGAUACGGAGACCUAUGUGGUGAUCUAUGCUGAUGUACCGUUUCAUAGCAUUUGGUUGUAUGAUGCUCAAUAACAAACAGAUUAAGCAACGCACCCCAAUAUCAAAUAUUUGGUAUUAUAUAUUUUUUGCAGAGGAUGGGGUGCAAUCAGGAUCACAGACUAUGUUUUUUGUUGCAAUUAUCCUUGGUGCCCUGGGAUUUAUAGCGUGCAUUAUCAUUGUCGUCUGCGUGAUCCAUAAAACACGCUGUCGCUGUUUAAGGCGGACAAAAAUCGCCAGUGCAAGUACUGAAUCAUCCACCGUUACUUUGUCAAUCGACGAACUCGAAUCUUGCGAUGAGAACUACUAUCAGAAGAACAUUACAAAAGAUGGAAUACCACUUGUUGUUGACACAAAAGAUACACGGCCAACGGGUGGAAAACGCAGUCUGAAGAAAAAUAUAUUGGAUAAAAAUAAUGAAAACGUUAUCACAAUAGAAGAAAGCGAAGAUGAUCGUGCUAGAAAAUGCAACAAACGGCGAGCAAAGAAGAAAUCAAAAGGUGCAAACAACGAAGCAAUUGAAGACCAAACUCAGAUAAAAGGUAAAGGACACAAGCGUUUACAGAAAGGAGUUUUAUCGGUAAAUGAUGAAGAACAAACUCCGGAGAGUGAGCGGGAUGAUAUCAAAAAUGAUGGAUCUGGAAAAAAGAAAAGUGGUGCAAAAAAGACAGCUGAUAACAAACAAAGACAAGGCAAAAGUGUUGCUGCAAAAAUGAAAGGUAAAGCGGGGAAUGUUGCACGAGAGCAAGGACAGGAAGUGGAAGGUGAUAGCGAUAGUGGGAUGGGUGAUUUAACAAUCGAAAGCAAUACAGGAAUAACAUCAGACGAGGAUGCCAGUAACCGAUCAGGUAAAGGUGGUAAGGGAGAUGUUAAAGGUUUGGUCAAAAAUGGUAAGAUAUCAAAGUUCGGGUCGUGUUUAAGUAAACAAUCACAAGGAAAUGUAAAAGACCGAAGUAGCGCGGACUCUGCUUAUUUAAGCGGAAAUGUUGUAGACAACAAUUUGACAAAUGCUGAAUAUAUUGGAAAAUCUGAAACAAAACCUGAUUUCUUAGAUCAUUCAUUCAUUGCGAGAAAGCCUAAAAUUCUUAAGCACGCUGUUGAACCAAUUCUUGAACCUCCAGCUAAAGUAGAACUGUUAUAUGAAGUGGAACCAAGACCAACGAGUAGUCGAUUGAUCUUUAAUAAGUCGAUGUUCUUGAGCAAAGCAAGUCUUCGGGUUGAUGAGGUUUUUAGAGAGUGAUGUCAUGUUCGUGAUGCCAUAUUCGAGGUGCAUUGCUCGUUGUUUAUGUUCCAUUUGUGGUGUUUAAUUUUGUUUCUGUGGAGUGUUUUUAUCUCUCUCUAUAUAUAAGCCUUUUGUUAUUUCGUUGUUUCCGAAUUAUUCAAUUGUUAAUUGUUGAACAAAUACGUUACUCGAUAUCAGUAAUGCUUUUGUGUUUUUCUCCAUAUAUGAAGGCAAUCAGAAUUUCACACUCUCAGUGCAAAUGGACAUGAUGCUUUACUAGACCCUUUGUCUUAAAUAUUUCAGUUUUCACUUUAUUGCAUUUCUAAUUCAUAAAGUAUAAUUAUGCAAGUAACGCAUGGUAUUUGUGUGCCGUUGAUACUAAAGUGUGCUGUGAUACAAUAUUUUCUGUAAUAUCUUCUGAAGACUGCCUGAAUUUGCCAUGGAUAUUUUUAGUUCUUGUUGUCGAAUAAAACAUAUUUAAAACCAU